GACGGGCCGGGGUCAUGGGUUGUUGAGGCGCUGCCCAGGAGCCGACCCCGGCGGCUGCGGCGUCCCCGUGGCCAGCGGCCGGCAGCAGCGCGCCGAGGCCGAGCAGAGCGCGCGGCGCCGCGGGCCGCUCACCCGGGAAGAUGCUGCUGUCGCUGGUGCUGCACUCGUACUCGAUGCGCUACCUGCUGCCGGGCGUCGUGCUGCUGGGCACGGCGCCCACCUACGUGCUGGCCUGGGGGUUCCUGCGGCUGGUGUCCGCCUUGCUGCCCGCACGCUUCUACCAGCGGAUGGACGACCGGCUCUACUGCGUCUACCAGAGCAUGGUGCUCUUCUUCUUCGAGAACUACACCGGGGUGCAGAUAAUCCUAUAUGGAGAUUUGCCAAAAAAUAAAGAAAAUAUAAUAUAUUUAGCAAAUCACCGAAGCACAGUUGACUGGAUCAUUGCUGACAUGCUGGCCAUCAGGCAGAACGCUCUUGGACAUGUGCGGUAUGUGCUCAAAGAUGGCUUGAAAUGGCUUCCACUGUAUGGGUGCUACUUGUCUCAGCAUGGAGGAAUCUAUGUAAAGCGAAGUGCCAAAUUCAACGAGAAAGAGAUGAGAAGCAAGCUGCAGAGCCACGUGGCUGCAGGAACUCCAAUGUAUCUUGUGAUAUUUCCAGAGGGAACAAGAUAUAAUCCAGAACAAAGCGAAGUCCUUUUAGCUAGUCAAACAUUUGCUGCUCAGCAAGGUCUCCCAGUGUUAAAGCAUGUGCUAACACCAAGAAUAAAGGCAACUCAUGUCGCGUUUGAUUCUCUGAAGAAUUACUUAGAUGCAAUUUAUGAUGUUACAGUGGUUUAUGAGGGCAAGACUGAUAAAGGGCAGCGGAAAGAAUCGCCCUCCAUGACCGAAUUUCUGUGCAAGGAAUGCCCAACCAUUCACAUACACAUAGAUCGUAUAGACAGGAAAGAUGUCCCGGAAGAGGAGGCGUACAUGAAAAGGUGGCUGCAGGAGCGCUUUGAGAUCAAAGAUAAGUUGCUUUUAGAAUUUUAUGAUUCACCAGAUCCUGAAAGAAGAGACAGAUUUCCUGGGAAGAGUGUUCAUUCCAAAUUAAGUCUCAAGAAGACUUUGCCAUCAGUACUGGUCUUGAGUGGUUUGACUGUUGGCAUGCUUGUGAGCGAGACUGGGCGGAAGCUGUAUGUCAACACGUGGAUAUACGGAACCCUCCUUGGCUUCCUCUUGGUGGUUAUUAAAGCCUGAACAGGUAGCUGUCUCCUAUCUGCGCGGCUGCACACAGUAUCAAGUUGUUUCCUGAAUUUACCUUAUUGGCCGAACAUUGGAUAAGACAGAAUCUGUGACUAAAGUGAAUAGGUGAUUGGGCAAUCACACGGUUUUACUUUGGUGCUGGAGAUGCAGGUGAGGUCACGGCUUCCGGAGACUGCCCGUCUCCCCAGUUCUGAGCUCUGCACCCGGGAAGAUGAGUGGGUGCUUCUCUGUGGCCGUGGUGUGCUAAACAUUCAUUUGCAGCCCUUUGCCAUAUUGAUUGGUUAUUUCCAAUUUGCCGCUGGCAGCUCCGCACUCUUGCCUAAGUGCCUCACCUUGCAGCUGUGUAUUGGCUGUUUGCUUCAUCUCUGUGCAUGGGCGAAAAUAGUGUCUCAGCCUUGAGACGUUCGAGGAGUGGGGCAGCUGCUCACGGGAGGCUCUUGUUGCCCACGUGACCUUGUGGUUUGACCUCGUGUUUGCAGAAUGGGUCCCAUCCCUACCACUUGUGUAAGUUGGUUACCUUCUGCACCUGGUACUGCACACCGAAGAGUGAUGUGUUCAACACGACAUGGAGUUUAACAUGGUGACUCUAGUUCGUUGUAGUAGAACUUGAAACUGCUCAGCUUCUAGAAAGUUGAAGCCAUGCUAUCUGUACCUUCCACAGUUGUGCCACAAGUGCUUGCAAACAUUCAAGUUUCCUGUUGGUUUUUUAUGUCAGAGUAAUCAGUGUGGACCUGAUUGGACCCGAGUCCUCUGAUCCUGGAAAAGAUAGGAGCCUACAGACCUUUUAUCUGUUUCUGCUUGGUCUCCUAGAAUCUGUGAUCCAAAGCGAGUGUCACCAUGGCAGACUUCCUCCUGGGCCUGGUCCUGCUCCUGGGGAUUCCCGCCAGCGGUGCUGCCCGGGACUGGCCUGGUGGACACCGAGCAACCGCAGAGCCAGCCGCUGUGCCUUGGUGCCAGGUGAACUCUGAAAGCUUCCCCAGCUACUGCAGAGGCAUUGGAGCUUUGUCUCGUGUCAAGAAAUUCACCUUCUUCCUGCCACAACGGACAGACUUCAUGAAUAAACUCGGCAUCUCCCAUUGCUUAACGGAGCCGCGGUCAGGUGGACCGCUGAGGACGGGCGGAGUUGCAGGAACCGCGCGUGGUUCACAGGCGUGGGCUGCUGUGUCCUGAAGACGCCGCGUCACGUGUGAGCUGCUGUUUCUGCAUUACCCUUUGAACUUGACGGCCUGCUGGUCCUUUUCAAUAACAUUACUGCUCACUGCUAGCUGAUUUUUGUUACAAAAUAAUGCCAGUGGCCCAGAUGAAUCUCACCAAUUGAAUCAUGUUAAAAUUUUUAAGAAGGGAAUUUUUCUGACUUGCUACACUGCUUCUUCAGAACCAGAGAGUCAGCCAUUCCGGGCAGCUGUUGGGGGGUCAUGUGGUGUGACCUGGUUUCCGUUGUGUGUUGUUCUGUACGUCUGCUCCGCUCGUGUUUGUGUAAUCCCAGGGACGGAGUGGGGACAGGGUGAAAAAUCAUCAAGAGUUCUGAAUGCCAAUUGUAACUUUCUGUUUCCUGUAAAGUGAAAUUUAGUUUGAUCACAUGUUUUAGUUUAAAUCCAUUUAAAUUUAGAACUUGUUUCCUACAAGAAAGCAAGAAGUUUUAGAACUUGAAGUGUCAUGAGUGCGUUCUAAGACAGCACUGGGAUCGUGUGGCAACGUGGCCUGUGUCGGGGCCCUGAGUGCCACGCCUCAGGCUGGGGCCUGCGUGCUCCUCGCAAAAGGCCUACGAAGUCUGGAAAAUUAGAAGCUUUCUUUUAAUCUGUGUUGAUUUUGACUUGAAUUAAUUAUUCUCUGAAAUUCAGCGCUGGGUGCCUACCUUCGAUGUUCCGCAUAACACCGUUUAAUCUCACUGUCCACUUGCGGUUAGUUGCGCUUUGGUUUUUCUUCGUUAGAAAGCUGUCCGCGCGCAUGCCUUUAUGUUUUUUCAGAAAGGGGUGUGUUUGGGUAAAAGUUGAAGAAAAUAAAAUUCUCCACU